AAUUGGUAAAUGCAAAUCAAAUGAAGGUAUAGUCAUGGUGUCAAGAAUGAAUAAAAAAAGAAAAAGUUUUUGCAAAUAAAUAAGUGUAAAACAAAAAGAAAAUAAAAAAUAUAUAUGAAAACCAAACCACAGUCAGCUUGUAUAACAAAAUAAUGGCAAUAAAAUACAGCUAAUAAUAAUAUAAAUUACACAAAAUACAACAGCAAUAAUGUAAUUGUAUGUAAAAUUAGUUAAUAAAAAAAGCAAAUUGUUGUAAAAAUAAUUAAAACAAUUUCUAAGGAAAGCUAAGUUAAAACAAGUGAUACUGUGUGUAAAAUUGUUGUUGGAAAAAGUGCGCAUCAUAGAAAAAAUAAUAAAUAAAUUAACAGAUAGAAUCACCUAGAUUAGACAUAUUUUGCACAAACAGAACUGCAACAAUAUACAAAAAACAGCAGCUUGUUGUUUUGUUAGUUUGUUUGUUGUUGCUUUGAGCAGCUAGAAAUCGUUCAUUCUCCUAUUUUGCGGGCCUCUUUUUAAAAAUCUCUUUCAUAGUUUGGUUUUAUUCUCUCAUUUACACUCCCAAUAAUUUGUUUAACAUAACGAAUAUUUCUUUGUGUGCCUUUAAGUGCUGUGUAGAGAAGAAGAACAACAAAAAGAAAAUGCAGUUUUUUCAAGUUUUAGCCACAUUUACCCUUUUAUCAUUGUCCACACAUAAAUGUUUAGUAAACAGUAAUUCCGCUCCAGGCGAUAAUAAAGCGGGCGGUAAUCGUUUCAAUACCCACCUAAGUGCAGUAGACAGUGGUGGUCAACCGCCAACGGCUAGCAAUCAUCCUAGAUAUCAGCACAUACCACCACAUCAGCAGCAACAGCCGCAUCAUCAACAACAUCACGGUCAGCAUCAGUAUGCGGGUCAUGGUGGUGGUGGUGGACACAAUAUGGUGGGUAGCGGCAUACAUCAUCCCUCACAUGGAGCUGUUAUAGGUAGUCCGCAUAUUUAUCAUCCAGCUCCUAAUAGUGGUCAUGCUGAACAUAAAAAUACCUACAAUCUAUUAAGUGAGGCAAUGUCUCAGGCUGUUAGCAAUGAAUUUAGUUCUCUUGGCAGCGGUUCAGCGGAUGGUGCAUGUCAUGCCGAUGAUCUUGAUUGUUAUAAUGAUCAAGAUCGUUUGGGCAUGGAGGCAAUUAGAAGUUUACAUCGUCAAUUAGAUGACGACGAUAAUGGCAAUAUUGAUUUAAGUGAAUCUGAUGAUUUUUUGCGUGAAGAACUUAAAUACGAUUCGGGUUAUGAGAAACGUCAAAAAGCUUUCCAUUUCAAUGAUGACAUGCAUAUAUCGGUUAAAGAAUUGUGGGAGGCCUGGCUACGAUCAGAGGUUCACAACUGGACUACCGAACAGACCACCGAUUGGUUAGCUCAAUCUGUACAACUUCCUCAAUAUGUGGAUUUAUUUAAGCAGCAUAAGGUGUCGGGCGCAAGUUUGCCAAGAUUAGCUGUUAAUAAUAUGCAUUAUGUCAGCAAUGUUUUGGGUAUUAAAGAUCCCAUACAUAAACAAAAAAUUGCCUUAAAGGCCAUGGAUGUGGUCUUGUUUGGACCACCCAGAGAGACUGGAACUCGUUGGAAAGAUUAUAUUUUAGUAACAUUACUAUUAAGUGCUAUAAUUGGUUGUUGGUAUGCUUAUCAGCAAAAUAAAAAUGCUAAAAGACAUUUAAGACGUAUGGCUCAAGAUAUGGAAGGUUUGCAAAGAGCUGAACAAAGUUUGCAGGAAAUGCAGAAGGAAUUGGAACGUGCUCGUUUGGAGCAAGAGAAUGUUGCUACUGAAAAAAUGGACUUGGAAAGACGUCUCAAAGAAGUCCCCACUUUAACGUCCUCAAAUUCAGAUCUCGAAGUUCAACAGCUCAAAAAAGAAAUUGAAAUGUUACGCACUGAAUUGUCUAGAGCAGAAAUUGAAUUAGUCGAUAAUUGUUGGGCACCACCGCCUCAAUUGCAAUCCUGGCUACAAUACACCUAUGAACUGGAGAGUAAAAAUCAUUUAAAGAAACGUGUUUCUGCUGAAAAACAAUUACAAUCAGCUCGUGAGGCUUGUGAGAAAUUACGCAAGAAACGUUCAAGUUUAGUUGGUGCUUUCGUUUCGACUCAUGGCAAAAGUAUCGAUGAUGUAGAUCGUUCGAUUGUUGAAGCUCGAAAUUCAUUAGGAGAAGUUACGAAUGAGUUGCAAGAACGUCUACACAGAUGGAAACAAAUUGAACAGUGUUUGGGUAUGAAUAUUGUCAAUAAUAAUGGUUUACCUUAUUUGGAGAGUGUAUUGUAUGGUCGUAAUGGCGGUGGUGGUAGUGGUUCUUCGGUUAAGAGUUCAAGAGCACGCAUUACCAGCAGCUCCGAUGAUUUAGAUGACGAAUCUGUUCAAGAAAUUUUUUAUAUUUUGCCAGGUUUAAUUGAUGGUUACAGUCGGAAUUCUGGUCUAAGUGCUUCCACGCUCUUGAAUAGUAGUUCGACAAUGGGACGAGAUGAUUCAUCGGGUAGUGAGGAUAAUAUCGAAUCACAAUCGGUGCAGUUUUAUUUGGGUAAUGCACCGCCGACUCCCAUGCUAACAGCUGCACCAGCAGUAACACCACGUACCCCUCUGCAACAGGCACCAUCAUUUGAAGUUAUGAAUCAUGUGGGCAAUCAUAAUCAUACGAAUAGUGCAACAGCGGCGGCCAUUGCCUCGGCUGCAGCAGCAACUGGACAACUGCAACAGCAGCAGCAACAACAACAGCAUGCUUGUAACAAUGACAGUGUUAUACAUGAUUUAAAUCGUCAUAGUCCUUCGGUUUCAUCAGAACGUUCAGAUCGUUCUAUACCCGUACCACCGCGUACCAAAAAACACGCUCAUACAAAUUCGAUUUCGUCUACCAUCUCGUCAGCUACGACAACGACUACAACACAUAGUGUUACAUCAGUACCCCCACCGCCACCUCCAAGUGGUCCCAUAGGUCGCGCACCUUUACCUCCACCUCGUAAAUCAAAUCAGAGUCCUUUAUUAAGAUCCCAAAGUUCGGAUCUUAUGGCAGCAAAAGAUUUAUACAACUAUUUGGGUAGACCACAACCUUUGCAACCAUUUAAUAAGAAUAUCCAAGCAACAAAUGGAGCAGGUUCAGCGGCUGUAAGCAACAAUACAAAAACAAAACAAAUGGUUAAACAACACAGUACAGCAAGUCAACAAUCUACCUCAUCGACUUCAUCGUCCGUACAAUCGACCGGCGAUCAGACAAGCAAACAACAAUCACCCUCACGACUCUCCACCACUUCGUUAGAAAGACAAAUAAUGACACAACAUCAUCAAUAUCAUCAUCAGCAGCAACAACAACAACAUUCACAUCAUCCUUUAACGUCCUCUUUACUUUUGGACAAAGAUUUACUAUUAACCUCCUCAGUUACGACCCUACAAAGUAUAGGACAAUUAAAAACUGAUAGCUCUCUAACAGACUCGAAUCUAUCGACUGAAUCAUAUCACAGUGAUACACAGUUAAAUGUUUCCGAUAAAUCGAAUACGGAAAAUAGUGCAGGAACCAACUCCUCCUCCACCCUAAAGAAACGUAAAAAAGGUUUACGUUUUGGUUUUGGCAGUAAGAAAUCUUCAAGUAAUAGCAGCGCUCAUGAUACGAGUACGAAAUCGAAAUAGUUUUUGUUCUUUUUUUUAAA